CGCCAUGAUCCCUCAUCUGAUCAACACCUAUCAUUUGGACGUCAAUGCCCAUGAUUCAUGCGGAGGUCUCAACGAACUGGUCAAGUGGGAUGUCACCCAGCAUGGAUCUCCUCUGAACUAUGCAGUCUACUACCGUAAUGUCCCUGCGGCUGAGGUUCUCCUGAAAUACGGUGCGAAUAUUGGAGAUGCCUGUGCAAUAGCUAUCGAGAAAAAGAGCGCUCCUGCUGUUAAACUUCUUCUUGACGCCGGGGCGGAUCCAUCGCGGGGUCUAGGUAUCGCCAUUACUCAAGGUUUCUUGGAGGGUGCCCAACUUUGUUUGGAGUAUGGCGGUGACAUUGCUAUAGGGGAAGCACGAGAUGAAUAUCAUGCUGGUUUUGGUGGUCCGUAUACUGGGAUGAGUAGUGAGAUGAGGAAGUUAUUGGAUGUAUGGAAGGAUAAACGAUUGCAGGAUGUUAAAGCAUAG